AUGAGACAGAAUUACAGAUGGAAGUUGAUGGAAUAAGGGUUGUUGAGCUUGAGGAUGGGGAGCGUCGUGCACUUGUUGUUCGCCGGGUUGAUCCUCACGGUUGUCAACCGCUCCCAAAGCGAGAGCUUCUCGGGCUGGCCGACAUGGGCAGCAGCAUCGAUGUCGAAUGCAUCUGCUUUCUCUGCCGGCACAGUUGAGGACCGCUGGUUGCGCACGAACGGGGAGUACACCAUGCUGCAGAAGCGUCGCUCAGAGAACUAACGAAGACGAAGGCAACCGAAUCGAAGCGUUGAAUUGACGAUAUGCCCGGCAUAUGUAACCCCCCGCUAUGGAAGUCGUCGGGGGCCUUGCGAUAACGGUGGAGUUUCGACCCAUGUUUAGGGCGGCAGCGAGAUAAGGCCCGUGCUGUGCCGUUUUGACCUCGACAGCCACUAUUCACCGCGAUAUGGCGGUCUGGAUUUGUAUGCAGAGAUAAGGGUAUCUGUAGGGCGAAAAUUUGGCUGCGAUGGUCGGCCGCAGCAAGCCGCGUUCCUGGCUCGGUUUCUGGGUGGCAUUCCUUUCCUGGUUUGCGUUCUCGCCGCUCACCCCAGAUGCGGUGAAGACCGACCUCAAGCUCACCCAGCAGCAAAUCGGGAAUUCAAACAUCGUCUCCCUGUGCUCUACUCUCGUCGUGCGCGCUAUUGUCGGCCCCCUCGUUGAUCGCUUUGGUCCCCGUAAGGUGAUGGCCGGACUGCUUAUCGUCGGUGCCAUUCCCUCCGGCCUCGCAGGCACCGUAUCGAGUGCGCAAGGUCUCUACGUCAUCCGAUUCUUCAUUGGCAUUCUCGGUGGGACCUUUGUGCCCUGCCAAGCCUGGACCACGGCGUUCUACGACACGUCCGUUGUCGGACGCGCCAACGCACUGGUCGCCGGCUGGGGCAACUCGGGCGGCGGCUUCACCUUCAUCAUCAUGGCUGCCCUCUACGACCGCUUGCUCAGCGACGGCCUCAGCCCCCAUUCGGCAUGGAGAGCUGCCUUUGCUAUCGUACCCGUGCCCAUCUUGAUCACCGUCGCCAUCCUCACCCUGCUCGUCGGCUCCGACCACCCCAACGGCAAGUGGUCCGACCGCCACAAGAUGAACGUAUCGAUUCCCAGCGCCGAGAUCACAGACGGCACGCCUCGUGUCAGCGAUGAUAUCGAGACUAGCCGGGAAAAGCCUAAACUCAAGGAUGAAAGGCCAGAUACCGAAAAGGUUGAUGAGAAGAAGGGCGCUGUGAAAGUGGAUGUUGCGGACGCCCUGCCCUCAGGCCCGCCCUCUAUUCGGCAUGAUAGCGUGCCUCUGUCUUGGAAGGUUACGAUGGACAUUCUCCUGAACCCACUCACUUGGCUCCCGGGACUGGCGUACAUAGGCUCCUUCGGGUACGAGCUCGCUAUCGACGCUAACCUCUCGAACGUCUACUUUGGUCUGUACAACGAGACGAAAGGUUUUGGCCAGACACGGUGCGGCUACCUCGCCAGUAUAUUCGGUCUGCUCAACGUCUUCUCCCGGCCCCUGGGCGGCUACCUCGGCGACGUCGUGUACCGGUACUACGGCGUGCCGGGAAAGAAGUACCUCGUGCUCGCCCUCGGCGUGCUGCAGGGCGCCAUGUCGCUCGCGUGGGGCCUGUACAUCGACCGGCACGACGCGUCGCUCGCCGUCGUCAUCGUGCUCAUGGUCAUCACGGCGAUCGUCGACCAGAUGGGCAACGGCGCGAACUUCUCGCUCGUCCCGCACUGCAACCCGAGCAGCAACGGCCUCAUGACCGGCAUCGUCGGCGCCCUCGGCAACCUCGGCGGCGUCUGGUUCGCGCUCAUCUUCCGCUUCCAGCCGUCGCCGUUUGGGAAGGCGUUAUGGAUCUCGGGCGUCGUUGUUAUGGUUACAAGCGUUUUGCUCGUGGCCAUUCGUGUUCCACGGAAGUGAUUAGUGGCCGUCUAGUUUAUACGAGGACAAUUUACCUAUAGACCAAGUACCAUAGAUUUUUAUAUAGUUAGGAAAACAGCGUCGUUGCAUCGAGGACGCAUUCUGUCCGAUGUAAGGAAAAGGUUCGGUGCUUGUUUUCUGUCAAGUGUUGUUCCGAGAAAAGCUUGU